AAUAACAAAUAUAGUGUAGAUAGUGAUCUUCAGAACAGCCAGUGAAGAUGUCCAAACUUCAAGCACACUCUCUUUGAGAGUAUGUGGGAUGUAACGCUGUGUAGUCAGUUGUAAGCCAACCUACGUUUCGGAGGAAUAUUCAAUCUCCAUCUUUAGGGUUUAAAAAUGAGUCAAACAAGAAAAAAGCCCAAAGCAAGUUGGAUUUCAACGAUUUGCACUCUUCAUAACAACCGCUGUGAGAACUCAAAGCCUGCAUAUUUCUAUGACUUCGGCCACUGUUGCGUGUAAGCGGCGGAUGCGAGCCAAGGUUGCAUAAGGCACCAGCUGCAUGUCACGUAACUCUCUCUGUCUCUCUGUGUAUGGGGACCUGCACAUGGAAAACUGUUGGUCAGAAAUCGAAAGGUUUUGAUUUCUGUGUAUAUAAGGGGGAGGCAUUCUCGGCACGUGCAGUGUCUGACAGGAGACAUGGGGUGGUUCAACGGUAUCUGCCGCAUUCUGCUGCUCAUUUCCUUUGCAUCAUUCUGCACAAGUUUCCCGGCAACGAAUGAAAACUUCACAACCAAAACAAAUGCCACGGAUCCUAACUUUGUAGCCAUCAUUCUGCAGGAUCCCAGCCCAGCUAAAGGUAUCAAACUCGAUACUGUUCAAAGCCGGAAGUUGGGCGAGAUCUUCAGCUGGUUAAUACCUCUCUUCUCCUCAGCAAUUCAGACUGCAGGAGGCGCCGUUAGCAACGCCGGUACGGCAGCAGGAAGCCUCACAAAUUCCAUAUUCGGUCAACAGUCGUUCGCAUAUCCGUUUCCGUUCAGGAGAUGAUUUCUGUAUACAUCAUCGAAAUGCAUGUUCAUAAAUCAGUUGUUCUUAACAUAUUCUGACAUUGUGAAAAGCAAACAGCAGUGGAAUUUCUUUGAACACUUCGUAAUGUUGAGGCAUAAAAUAUUGGCAUUUCUCACAAGUGCUGAAAUAGUUUCUCAGCUAUGCCACUAGGUGGCAGCUAUAAGCAGAUAUUGAGAAAGACGGAUACAACGGAUAAUGACGAUUCGGAUCUUUCUAUAAGUGAAAUAUUUUUAGCGUCGUUUCAGUGGCAUUAUGUUGAUCUGCCAUUGAAAUUCUAUCAAAUUUAAGAGUUGCAAUGUGGCAUAAUAUUGUCAUCUACCAUAAUUAUACAUUUGUUAAGUGUAAGAGUGAGUAAUAUUAAAUAUUAUUUAAUAAAA